UAUAAAGUCAUCGGGGCGGAAGUCCGUGUUGUAAAUAAAACUGUCGAUACCUGAGCAGUAAAUGGUCCUGUUGAAACUUUGGUCAUCAUCGAAGCUCCCUAACAACAACAGGAACAGACUAAGGAAGAAUAAUCACAGGGGGGGUGUGUCCAGUCUGCAGACACAGAGCAAAGCAGGUUGAACGUCACAAUAAAAUGUCCUCUCCAGAGAUCGCCUCUCUCUCCUGGGGACACAUGAAGGUGAAGGGAUGCUCCUCCAGCUACAAAGACUGUAAGGUGUGGCCUGGAGGCAGCCGGGCCUGGGACUGGAGAGAGACUGGGACUGACCAUCGCCCAGGAGUCCAACCUGCUGACCUGGAGGAGGUGCUGAAGAAGGGGGUCGACCUGCUGGUGAUCGGCAGAGGCAUGAGUGAAGCUCUGCAGGUUCCCUCCACCACUCUGGACUUUGUGAGGCAGAACGGCGUCGACGUCAGAGUCCUGCAGACGGAAAAGGCCGUAGCUGAGUACAACAAACUGGCCGGUCAGGGCGCCAAGGUGGGCGGGGUUUUCCACUCCACCUGUUAAUGAGAUCACUCUUAAACCUGGUUAAUACUUCAGCGGCGUAGGCCUGUACCUACGGAGAAGAAGCUUACGCAUGUAGCCUGAUGUGCAUCUCCUCACAUAAAGCAACGCAACCGCAAGCCCUAUGAUUGGACCACUGGGUAGCAUCGUAUUUCUUGCAUUUCCGGUAUCGUCGCCAUUUUGAAAAUUCUGCAGAAUAAAAUAAUCAGCAGCUCCAGCUUCAGUAUAAUACGCUCGGUUUCAGUUGCCAUGGUUUCCUGUACAUAAACAAGCAGAGAUUGAGGCAGAACUGGAAACUGGAGAUAUUACAAGCAUAGAAAUCAGACUGCCAACCGGUGUUUGUAGGCGGAGUAUUGCAGAGUAUUGGGAAGUAUAAACCAGGUUUUAGUUUGAGCUUCCUGCUGAGAUAA